UGUCCUUCUCAUUCACCAGAGUCUCUUUGCUUCAUCAAGACGAUAAGUGGCGAAUAGCCUUCAUAAAAAUGUCAACUGCGGAGGCCACCUCCCCGGGUCGCGUGGGAGAAAACCGUAAAAAGCUCCAAGAAAAAUGUCUCAAAAUUGUCUCCCCCGUGUCUCCUGCUUGGCUUUACUGCUGUUAUGCAGUGAUCAUUGUCCUCACUGGAGCUGUGAUUGCACUUUCUGUGGCUCUGUCAUUGUCAGCAGGAAAGACAGAACAGAUCUCACGCAACAAAACCUAUGCUGUUUGCCCAAGAAACUGGAUUGGAUUUGGAAAUAAAUGUUUUAAUUUUUCUGAAGACAUGGAAAACUGGCCAUUCAGCCAGAACUACUGCAGGGCACUAGGGGCUCAACUAGCUCGAUUUGACAACCAAGAAGAGCUGAAUUUCCUGAAGAGAUACAAGGGGCCAUUUGACCACUGGAUUAGCCUGCACAGAGAGUCAUCACACCACCCUUGGAUGUGGGCAGACAACACCGAAUAUAACAACUUGGUUCCCAUCCGAGGAGAAGGAGAUCAUGCCUACCUGAGUAACAGAGGGAUCAGCAGUGGCAGGAACAACAUACAUAGGAAGUGGAUUUGUAGCAGGCCCAACAGCUACACUUUACAGUGUCCAGUCAUCUCACAGCUUGUGUAGAGAGUGUAUCAAAGUGAUCAUGGGAGAUCUGUAGCAUGUUAUCUACAGUUACAGCUUUAUUUAGUUAUCUUUUAAAAUGUUGUAAAAGGAGCCGUCUGUGUCCUGCUGCCCUGCAAGCUUAACCCCUGAAAUAACCACACAGAAAUUGUAUUAAUUAAAUUACUG